CACUGGUUAAUUGGUGUUUUUGUUAAUUGGCAAAUUAAUGGUUGUGACCAUAAAAUACAUAAUCGCUAAUAACAGAGUACCACGUACACCCAGCGCGUGCCAAAGGUGAGGGUGAUGUGUUUGAAGUAAACAUAACCUCGCUUUAAGACCCUAAAAUAAAAAUUUGUUUUGGUGAUCGUAGAACAUUUUGGAAUUCGUACAGGUGACUUGCAUCGCGUAAAUAUGGAAAUUCCCUAUGGAAAGAUAUUAGUAUAUUUACUGACUUUCCUAGUGUACAUUUUUUCGGGAUAUGGAUCGGGCCUACUAGUUAAUUUGAGAGAUGCGGUGCUCAGUGCAGAAACUGUUUUUGGAGAUGUAUUGAAGAAUGCCAUUCAUAUUGCCAGAAAGUUUAGAUCUCUGCAUGAUGUUUUUGAUGCGGCUGUCGAAGAGGAAUGCAUCUUUAAGUGCCCAAAUGGUGGAGAACCAAAGCCCAACAGAAAUCAUGUUCCUACAGCCGAUGGUUGCGGCUCUUUGGGAUUAAAUUUGAAAUCGGAGUAUCUUCCGAUUACAGAAAUGAAGAAAUGCUGUGACGCGCACGACAUCUGCUAUGAUACCUGCAGAAAAGACAAAGAAAUGUGUGAUGUAGAGUUCAAACGAUGUCUAUAUAAGUACUGUGACAUGCAUGAAACAUCUACAGCUGGAAAUACCAUUGUAAAAGCUUGUAAAGGUGCUGCAAAGAUGCUUUCCACCAGCACACUAGCAUUAGGAUGUAAAUCUUAUCUGGACUCCCAGGCAAAGGCAUGCUACUGUCCCAUAUCUUAUGGUUGGAAAGAACCACCUGAGAAGGGCUGGAAAAACAAGAAUAAACACAAACAAUCUAUGCCUGGAGGUGAACGAACUGAAUUCUGAGACUUAAUGUCGAAUGCUGUUGCUGUUUUAAAAUAGGCAUUUUUAGCUGCUAUUGGUUUUUCAAUUCAUAAUUGCUAAUGGAUUGAAAGUGGUUACUUUGUGUAUAUGAUAUUUAUUGUGUAGGAUAUUUAUUGGGUUGUAAGUAAAGUUCUGCGGAUUUUGAUAGAGGUGGCAAUCAGUGGCGUAUAUAAAAGGGGGAUCUGCCCCCCACGAAAACAGUACAAGAUACUGUACACAUUCUGGCCAAGUUUGCCAGUAUUUAAGUUGCCCAAUAUUUCGUUGUGACGGACGUAGCUACAGCUUUCGUAAGGGAGAAGCCCAAUUAUGAAAGCACCUGUGUGCAUUGGCAUGAUUUGGAGGGGUACUAUGCUAACUUUCGAUUUUGAUAUUUUUAAGGACAAGUAUUUGUAUCUGUUCCAAGUAACGAGUUCAGGGUCCCAAUAAAUCAAUUCAAGCUUCUGACCCAGAAGUACUUUGACAUUUUAAUCUCUUCUUUCUCGCUUUGUGAUUAGAUAUCGACAUGUGAGACGAAUUUUGUGUAUAAAUUUUUCAAAAUCGUAGUUGGCAGCCGCAAAAUAUUUUAAACCUGUUUUUAAUUUUUUUCCAUUCCAUUUCUUAUGCGUAAAACAUAUAUGGAAAGACACGUCACUUUCUUUCUUAAUAAUAGGAAUAUGAAUCAGAUGAUUUUCCUAGUGAGAUAUAUGUUUAUUUUUCAUUAUAUUCAAUUCUAUACUUUUUGAAUUCGCUGGCUUUAAAAAUACUGAAAAAUAGACGAAAGUAUUUUUCACUGCAAAAGUAUAAACUCUAGGUACUUUCUUUAGAUAAAGCACGAUUAUGCUAUUUUCAAACUCUUUAAGGGGUAAUUAAGGUUUUUUAAGUAUUUAAAAACCAGAAUUCGAGAGAUCUGAAAACAUUCGUAAAAGUUAUAUUGUUUCCACUGUAGAAGUUGAAAAAUGUUUGUUGUUGUUUUUCUUGGGACAAAAUGGCAUUCCUUUCAAUAUUUUCCGUGUCCGGCAAUUGUGAAAUUCUUGAAAACCGUCCAUCACUCGAAACGUCUAAUAGGAAAUUGGAUGUUUAAACAUUUCUUUCCACGAUAUGUUGACCGUUUACGAUUUUAAACAAUCGUAAUAAUGAAAGGUGAUAUAGCAGCCCAUGAUUUUUUUCGAGUUUUACACCGCGCCCUUCCCUCUCAGAACCAAUGGGUCGAAUCUUAACUUAAGCUCUAUAUUCGCCACUGGUAGUGAUACUGUAAAUGUAUCUAUGAUCAGAUAUUAAAUCGGCAUUAUGAAUCGAGUUUUGAUAUAACGAAGCGCUACUACAACUGAACUCUCAGGGCACAUUUUUGUCCCGCGUUACUACUGGAGACGAAGACUGAACCCAAUUUGGUCUCGAGGUCUGUGUGGAUGGUUCGAUUAUAAAGGUCGUUCUAUUCUUUGAGUUACUGCAGCAGGUAGCAGGAUGAGACAAUGAAUUCAAUGAAACCUUUAGUUGGGAAGAAAUGCAGCGCUCACCGUAUACUUUAGACCUAGCACUUUCGUGUUUCCACCUAUUCUGCGCUCUGCAAAACGAUCUUGAUAGCUAAAGAUUUGAGUCAAUUGAAGUUUCCCCAAAUCAUCUGAGUUUUUUGGAUACCAUUUUUUAGGUAAGGCUUACUUCAAAAUCCGCAAAACUUUUCCUCCAACCCAAUCUAUGGUGUAGAGUAGCUAGCCCGGUGUGUUUGCAAAAUUAAAAAAGACAUGUCAUCUAUUGUGAUUUAUACUGUUCAACAUUUAAUAAAGAGAAAAAACGAGUUAAUAGCAAUGUUAUAUUUAAACAAAGGCUACCCCACUCCGUUGCAGAAGCUUCUAUAACAAAAUCUUCUAAAAACACCCAUAUCUUCAAAUUAUUCAGGGCAACGUUCAUUGUAAUCAUCUAAUCCCAAAAGAAUUCCUUAAUACAGGGUUAUUACAAAAGAAUCAUCGGGGUUUUAAAAAUAUAUAUUUUUGAAGGUAUUACAGAUAUAACAGUAAGCGACAUGUCAAUAGAAAGGUAAAAUAUUCAAGAUUUUAAGCAUGUUAUUACAAAUGUUCGAUGUGGGCUCCUUGCGUCACAAGACAUAUACUAAGUGACAUAUAAAUCCGAAC